CCCGUGGGAUAAGCUCUUUUAUUUAUUAAAAAGAUAAAUAAAAAGGAAACUACACCUCCACAAAAAGCCAAAUUGAAAUCCGAUUUCAUGUCCGUGUCUGCACAUUUCGAAGCAAACAGCCACUCCUAGACGCUCCUGACUCCUGAGUUGCUCAGCCUCUAAAGGCUUGCCCAAGAUAAAAAAACUGAGGCCAAAAUACCUCAACCGUUCAUUCUUCAACUCUCCCUGGAUGGGCCAGUCAGCUUCGACGGCCGCAAUCACAAGCCGCCGAGAACCCAACCACAGCCAGCGAUACAAGUACAAACCAACGGCUGCGAUCUCCCCGAUGCAAGUUGACUACAAUAAUAGCGAACAUGUCGACGAAGCGUCUGAUUUAAUCUCAAAUCUGCCCGACGAGUGCUUGGCUUGCAUUUUCCAGUCUCUCAGCUCCGGUGACCGCAAAAAAUGCUCUCUGGUAUGUCGUCGCUGGCUCAGAAUCGAGGGACAGAGUCGUCACCGUCUCUCUCUCAACGCCAAAUCAGAUCUCCAAAACGUGAUUCCGUCACUUUUUUCCCGAUUCGACGUCGUCACGAAACUUGCACUCAAAUGUGACCGUAGAUCCGUCAGUAUCGGGGACGACGCACUUGUUUUAAUAUCACUCAAGUGCCGAAACCUCACGCGCUUGAAGCUCCGAGCUUGCCGAGAGCUGACCGAUGCUGGAAUGUCAGUGUUUGCUAAAAACUGCAAGGGUUUGAAGAAGCUCUCGUGUGGAUCUUGCACUUUUGGAGCCAAAGGUAUGAACGCAGUGCUCGAUAACUGCUCGACUUUAGAAGAGUUAUCGAUAAAAAGGCUUCGAGGAAUUACAGACGGAGCCGCGGCUGAGCCGAUUGGACCCGGUGUGGCUUCAUCGUCACUUAAAACAAUUUGUUUAAAGGAGCUUUACAACGGACAGUGUUUUGGUCCCCUGAUAAUUGGAGCAAAUAAACUAAGAACGUUAAAGCUUUUUAGGUGUUCUGGGGAUUGGGACAAGCUUCUUCAACUCGUAACGGAUCGGGUCACGAGUCUGGGGGAGAUUCAUCUCGAGAGAAUCCAAGUUACCGACGUUGGACUCGCUGCAAUAUCUAACUGUUUAGAUCUGGAAAUUCUACAUCUGGUUAAAACUCCAGAAUGCACAAAUCUUGGACUUGCGGCGUUAUCUGAACGUUGUAAGCUAUUGAGAAAACUUCAUAUUGAUGGAUGGAAAGCUAAUCGAAUAGGAGAUGAAGGACUAAUAAGUGUUGCAAAAUGUUGCCCUAAUUUACAAGAGUUAGUUCUGAUUGGUGUAAACCCAACCAAAUUGAGUUUAGAAAUUUUGGCAUCAAAUUGUCAGAAUCUAGAGCGGUUAGCCUUGUGUGGUAGUGACACAGUGGGUGACAAUGAAAUAUCCUGCAUAGCUGCAAAAUGCGUAGCAUUGAAAAAGCUUUGUAUUAAGAGUUGUCCAGUGUCGGACCACGGAAUGGAAGCUCUGGCUAAUGGUUGUCCAAACUUAAUCAAAGUAAAGGUGAAGAAAUGUAGAGGAGUAACUUCGGAGGGUGCUGAUUGGUUGAGAGCAAGGAGGGAAUGCGUUGUUGUAAAUUUAGAUAGUGGCGAGCCUGAACAUCAUGAUGCCAGUGACGUAGGACCUCUAGAAAAUGGUGCUGAAUUUCCUCCGCACAUGGUGGCUGCUAGUGGUGCACCAGGUAGUAAUAGCCGAUCAACUUCUUUCAAGUCUAGAUUAGGGCUUUGGAGUGGAAGGAGUUUGGUGGCAUGCACUUUCAGGAGGUGGUCAAGUGGUAAUAGCAGUUCAAGGAAUAGUUAGUUUAAAAACUCAAUUUAACUUGUUUCUUCAUAUGUUUUACAUAAUUUUUUGUUGGAUUGUCUUAUUCUGUCCUCAGGUGUAUUUAAUUCUAUGCUGUGUGCUUGUUUAUUUGUCUUAUGAAUUGUAACUUCACUUGCAAAAAGUGAUCAUUUUGGUUUCCUUUGCUUACAUUUCUUGCUUCAUUUUAAUAUCUGUGCUAAGCUUCUG